AUGGAUCUCUUGAUGCUAUCCAGUAUUCUCUACGAUGCUUCCUUCAAAAGAAUUACGGCCGUAAACGGUCGACUACGACGUUGUUACGGUCGUCUACGUUGCAGUGCUUGGUCGUUUCCUGUUUAUGAUACGGCCGUGUACGAUCGGAUGCGGCUUUUAAACAGUCGCUGUGUUCUGCCGUAUACAACACGGCGAUAUGCGGCCGUAAUACGGCGCAUACCAAAACGUUAA